AGGUCUCGGAGAAGCUGUGCCUAGGGGAGACCCUGACCGAUGCCCUCUACCAGCUCUUCUCACACUCAAUGCCAAGGCCACAGCGCCAGACCUCAUUCUGAGACCUGUCGUGGAAUUCAUUACUCCAGGUGGGUGGUGGAGUCCCCCCUCACUGUCAGAACCAGCUCUCUGUUUCUUCACGCGAGUGCUGGACUGUCCAGCCAUACUCGAGAAGUUUGCUGCUCUUGGGGGCAUGAAGAUGCUUUGGGAAAACCUAGUGAGCAGUGUAGGGAUGAUGGGAGGUGGAAGGGGUGGCUUGGUGACUGCAGUCAUGAACCAUCUUGCUCCUCCUCUCCCGCCGUAACAACACACACACCCUCGAACAAACGCAACGAGACAGUCGAACAGAACCAGGGUCUGUACAACUUUGCCCCACUGGCUGUUGUAACAUCAAGCAACCCGACUGCAAGACCUGCCAACGUCCUCGUGGACUCCAAUCAGCUGUUCCAGAGGACUAAGAGUGCACCCUGGUCGUACCACUUCUAUCCUGAUGAGAGUUGGGUGGAUUUGAACUUGACAUUACCCUGUGCCGUACUGCUGCAUGAGGUCCAUCUGCUACCUCACACAGUGUCCCUUGUCUCAUGUCCAUCAGCAGUAUCAGUAGAGGUAGGUGUUGAGGGUGGAUACCUGAUGCCAGUGAGUGGCCCACUGAGCACUGCUGGCCUCUCUCGCGUCCGCCUUGUCCUCCCACGUCCGGUAGUUGCCUAUGUCGUUGUGCGCCUCCAUCGUCCACGAGACUCCUCCACUCUGGGACUGUCUCAGCUCAAACUUCUUGGAACCACAACCUUCAGGGAAGCAUCUAGAGGCGUCCAUGAAACGGCCAUCAGCGAUCACACACCCCGCGCAAGCAUGUGGUGGCUCCGGCUGAUCCACCAGUGCAUGUGCCGCGUGGAGGGAGGCCUGAGUGUCGGCGUGGAGGCAGGAGCAUCUGUGUCGGGAGUGAUGGAGGCUUGUGUGACACUCCUCCUGACUCCACCAGGGCCGCUCCACCUUGCCCCUCUAGGCUCGGCACCACUGGAGGCUACCACACUGGCUCUUGCAGCCCUCUCGCCCCAGCUGCUCCACACCCUGAUCAUGACACUCCUCACACACCCUCUCUUACGCCAGCCAGCAGGUGGUAACAGCUUGGACGCAGCUAUAGCUCUCCUGUAUGAACUCUGUGUCGGGAACAGCAGUAUGGAGGGCGUAACAGUCUUAAUAUCAUGGCUGAACCACAUAGUAUUGCACCCUGCAACCCCCUCGCCAGCAACUGACGACUACCAUAGUCUGGGUACCUCCCAGCAGCAGCAGCAGCAGCGGUCCCCACAAGAACUGUGCGUGAAUGGUGGUGUUAGUGCAGAGGUAUUGCAUUGCAUUGCUGCGGUGCUGUGGAAUACCCCACAUGACACCACAAGCCUCAUAACGGAUGAAUUGUUCAGGCGUGUCUACGAGUGGUCAGAGAGAGUUGAAGGUGAAGUGAAGAUAGGGCUGGAUCACAUAAUGUGCUCCAUGUGCCAUGUGCGGCCACAGCUCUUCACUCAGCUACUGCUCAACAUGGCAGUGCUGACUGUGAUUGACAAUAACCAGUCAAUAACUGAUGACAGAAAAGACAGAGAAGCAGAGAUUCGGGCUGCCAGGACAGACGACAUGAAGGAAGGGGUGGAGGGCUCCUCAGGGGCGGUAGAAGGUCGUCUCAUCCUCCAGGACCCCAGCGUUAUCUCCCUCACACCAGCACACCUGCAGACCCUGGCCACAGUUGCUCAGUCUCCCCAGGCAAUACACCUGAUGCUGGAUUCUGGAUUCCCGUUGCUGCUUGUUCAUGGUAUUUUAGAAUGGUGCAAGACCGAAGUAUUGCACCAGGUAGAGAGCUGCACAUCCUCAAGUGCUGGGGAAAGUGCAACUGACUUGGAGAAAGCAAGUGUAGCCGAGAAAUCGCGCAAUGCGGAAGACACCCUCUCCUCUGCCACCCCUCAGGCCCCCCCACAAAUCAGGGCUGCUAUUGUCCCUACACUGAGCACAUCUUUGGUGGCACACACUCUGCACACCCUAGCUGCACUGUGCGCUGAGCCUCCAAUGAAGGACUGGCUAGGAUCUGCUGAGGGAUCUGUGUUCUGGUUACCACUGUUGACUGUUCUUGGUGACCCACUGGUACGAGGCAGUGAGCCAUUGAUGCGGGGUUCUGGUCCCUCUGGUGGAAGUGACAGUGACUAUAGCAGCGUGGAAGAUGCAACCAUCCAUCUGAUGAGGCAGUGUUGCCACAACCACCUCACAACCAAAACCUUCUCGCAUCGACUCUGUGCCAUCUUAUCCAACGGCAGAACAUCCCCCCUCCAGGAUCUUUGGUAUUUUGAUAGGCCAGGGUUCCUGCAUGACCUUCAUAGUGGAGUAAGCUACCUGCACUCUCUCUCCGGGUUCACACGUCGCCUAGUCCUUCAACUCCUCUUGGAGACGGAGCGUGUGGUGGUACACAUCAACAGCCCCCAGGGAGGCCUUUCUUCGCCCACGGGAUGCAGCCUCCCCCUCCUCACGCAGCACCCCAAGUUCGGAGCAGGACACAAGACGAGGCUCCUCAACCUCCCGACCACCACAACCAUGUCGGAUAUUGUCAAGAUGGUCACAGACUGGUCAAGAGGUGUGCUGAGCAACUCAGGAGACCUGGAGUUAGGCAGCAGCGGAGACAGAAGGGACGCGAAUGAGGUGGGUCACCUGGAGUUAGUGGACAAGCUCUCUGUCGCAGCAGGAGUCACAGCCAAGGACAAGAGGGAGAAGAACAAGGUCAAAUUCGAGUAUUCACAGCAGGAUGUCCAAGAGAGAUGUGUUAGAGUGCCAGAUACAGGACUCUUUGAUCUUUAUUAUACAGAAUUGUUAAAUGUUACAGCCACAGAGCAGGACAGCCAGUCUAGCAAGCCUGUGACAGCAACAUCGAGUGCCUCAUCAUACGUCUUAGUGCAUGAGAGCCUGGGCAGUUCUCAGGACUACCUUCCACACUCACAGUGGCUCAGCCUACAAAUCAAGUCUUUCCGCCAGAAGGUGAAAGUGGACGAGAGGCCUUGCUGCUCUGUACGGAACCGCUACCAUCCACCCUGCAUGUGUUCACGAGUCAGGGCGGCCUCUCGCUCCUGGCCCAACACAUGUCGCUUCUUUACCCAGACACAGGACAGCAGCCUUGUGUCGAUAGCAGCCAACAACACUGCAUCAGUGCGAAGUGGCAACGGCGACAAGGGCGAGAUUGUAGUGGAGAAGACUGGGGAUGGAAUAGGGAAGGUAGCCAACAAGUACUGUAAAGGUUUAGUUUUGCUAGAUGUAUACUUAUCCUCUGAAUAUAUGGAAAACACCAAGCCGCUAAGCAUGACAUCCACAGGCAUUAAUUUCAAUACAUUAUGUCUCUGCAAUGCUUCCACAGUCUGCAAAUGUCGGGGCCUUCACCUUUUCCUGCGGCUCCCAGGCUAUGCAGAGACGCUCCUCAAGGACACCCAAAGGCGCUGUCUGCUCAGACUUGCCUUGGGGGUCACAGAUGAUGGGGAUGGAGGAGACAUCGUAGGCUCAGGAGUGGGUGGUUCCUUGGCAACAAUGCCCUUCCAGGUGCUGGAGUCCCUGCUUGAGGCCACACCUCUUACAACCGAUGACGGGCUCCUCCUGAGACGCAUGUGCCUGGAGUCAGGAGCUCUGCAUCUGAUUCUGGCCUGCCUUGCCGCGCUGUCUCACCAGGACACCCCUGAAGUGGUAUCUUCCCUAUACCACCAGAAUGUUCCAAUUGGCUUGGUGGUGGCGACAACCAGAGCCACCUGCGUUGACUCCCGUGAGACCAUUGGCAUGCACCGUGGAGAGGGAGACCGAUGCCAUUACUGGGCCAAGGGCACAGGCUUUGGCACAGGCAGCACCACACAGAGCUGGGAUGUGGAACAGGCUCUUGUGAGGCAGAAAGUGGAGGAGGAACAUGUGGUUUGGCUUGUGAGACUGCUAGCCCAGUACAUCAAUCCAGGUGACAUCUUGCCACCUGAGCUGCAGCAACAGUCCAAUGGUGGGACAGCAGGAGGCGGUGCAGCUGAAGUCAAACCCGUCUCAUGCCCUCCACCCUUGCCACCUGCCCUCCUACACCUUUUCCAGAAUUCAGGCUUGAUCACUACCAUAGCCUCCAACCUCAGCAAUGACUCGGUAUUGGACAUGUCCCGGCACGUCCCUCUUUACCGUGCAUUACUGGCCCUUGUGAGAGGCCUCUCUGUCACCCCUGGCCUGGCGCCCCUGCUGCUGACACCCCAGAAUUCAGCUCCGACGAAUGGAGGAGGCGGAGACACCACCACUCUACCUUGUGUGCCAGCGUUGUUGGAGAAGAUGAAAACAACUGUUAACACAUACAUGGCCAAGCUGCGAUGGAAGUCCUCCAAGGCUGGCGGCAACAGCAAUGGAAAUGGUGGCAAUGGUAACAACAAUGGUGGGAACAACAACAAUUCCGGCAGUCUAACAGAUGAUGCUGAGCAGGAGGAAGGCUUGUCACUCAUUGUGCCAGACAUUCAGAACACGGCCAUGGUGGUCAAGGUUUGCACUGAUCGGCUACAGCAAGAGUUAGACAGAGAAGACCAGCCAGACGGUGGGGCAGCAGCACAGCCAGUAUCGUCACAGUCACUAAUGGAAGUCUAUUUGGCAGGCCUCAAACCCUUGCAGUUUGACACGUACGAGAUGUUGGUUGAAGACUCGGAGAGAGGAAUAAGAUUUGUCGUGCCCCACCAUUACGAAGGGUCAGUGAGAGGUGCAGGCGAUCUGUGCACUUCUCGCAGAAUGAAGAGACUUGCACAGGAGGCUGUCACGCUAUCAACAUCACUACCUUUGUCAUAUUCAUCAUCAGUCUUUGUCAGGACAGACCUGGACAGAUUAGAUAUUAUGAAGGUACUCAUUACUGGGCCAGAGGACACUCCCUAUGCCAAUGGCUGUUUCGAGUUUGACGUUUAUUUCCCAGUUGAUUACCCAACGUCACCACUGCACAUUAAUCUUCAGACCACAGGAGAAGGACGUGUGCGCUUUAACCCCAACCUGUAUCAGGAUGGGAAGGUGUGCCUGAGCAUCCUCAACACCUGGCACGGCCGCCCAGAGGAGAAGUGGAACCCCCAGACCUCAUCGCUCUUGCAGGUGUUGGUCUCCAUCCAGUCACUCAUCUUCGUGAGUGAGCCGUACUUCAAUGAGCCAGGAUAUGAGAGGUCAAGAGGCACACCGGCUGCAAUGCAAAAUUCAAGAGAGUAUGAUGCGAACAUCCGUGCAGCAACAGUCAGAUGGGCCAUGCUGAACCAGCUGCGCAACCCAUCGCCCUGCUUCAAGGAGGUAAUUGAACGUCACUUCUGGCUCAAGCACAAAGAAAUCCUGGAACAAAUUGAGGCUUGGAUCGCCGACAUGGAAACUCUGAGCGAAAACCGAAGAGCAGGAAAAAAUAUAGCACACAAUACUGUGGGCUUAAAGAAAAAUUUCCAACUGCUGAAGGAGGAGUUUAGGAAGAUGAGUCCUCCCCCAGGACUUGAGGGCGUCCCCCUGACUCCCAGUCUCGUCAACUCCUGCAGCAGGUCCCCAGCACAGCAGCCAAGAGAUGCUAAUACGCCAGAGAAGGAGCGAGAAGGCGCACAAGGAGAAACAGAGAAAGAGAUGAGAGGGGCAGCAGGAGGGCAGGCUGGUGGACCUGUCCGCACACGGAUAAGAAAAACCUCAAGAGCCAACUUGUUCAUGGGCAAACCACAGAGCGAUAAGCACAGUGGUCACAGUUCAGGCAUCCCUGUGAGCAAAGUCGGCAGCACCAGUAGCAGCAGCACGGCAGUCAGUAGCACAACAGUGAAGUCCCUCCAGUACGGGGCCUCAGAUCAGGAGGUAGCGGAGGGUGGCCUCGCGCUGCUGUCACUAGGGGAACAGCAGCCUGUUUCCUUAAUGCCAGAGCUAGUCCAGGCCACCAAAACCACCACAUGCCAAAGUGCAGACAGCAGCAAGAUUGACGGCGAGGUGGAUGAGGUGGAAGACGAAGUCUGCAACCAUGUGAAUCAUUCUAGUUCCUCAGUCAAAAAUGCUACACCAGAGUCACCUAGUUCACAUAAUACAUCAGCGGGAAUGCCCUGCUAGCAUCACGCACUCUUGUGUUUUUUUCCUUUAGAGCCCAAGACCAAUCUUGCCUGAACUAUUCUGGUGCACACAUUAUUUUGAUCCAAAGUUAAGCUACUUUGUGAUACUUAAGACUCAGAAAAUAUAAGAAUCAAUAUAAUGUGAUUUCUACCUUUUUGUUUCCCCAGAGCUCCAGUGACAAGUUUUCAGUACAUUCCAAUGGUUGGUUUGGUCACUUGUCAGAUACAAAGUGGAGCUAGUUUGUGUAGGACUCUCAUGGUGAAACUGUCAUGAACAGGACAUGCAGGAAGAAAACCCUUCAUGAUAACUCUGUGAUUGAAUUAUUUAUAGUCAUAAAACUCAGUGAAUGGAUGACGUGUUGCAGUUUAUUGAGUUCUGAUACUGUCACAAGUACUUCCACGUACUGCGCAUUUAGGAUCUGACCACAGUACGACCUGCUUGCAAGCACUGCAAAACUUACCGUAUUUUGUUGUGACUGACUGAACUGGAUACACGAUUAUUUAGCAAUUGUCUGCAUGACUUGUGUUUGCUAGUCAAUGUGUGAGUUGUGUUCAGUGUGACUAAUUGUAUCUUUUCAGUUUCAUACUGUAAUUCACUAACACAUAAGAAACAUGUGGAUAUGAGCUGUACAAAUUAUUUCCUAUUGCCUAAUUGUGAUGUGCAUAGUGUAUGAGAAUGGCGGCAAGUAUGAUUUUUACAAUCAGUGUGCGCUCACUGCUGUUUAGUCUAAUACAGCGAGUUGCGGUUUAUAGAAAUCACAAACCAGUGAAAAAACAUGCCUUCUGAGUGUGAUUAUUUGAUUUGUUUAUAUAAUUUCUUGUCUAGCUCUCAGGUACUAGCUCUUCAUUGAAGUGGUCAUCAAGGGAAACAGUGCACGGAAGCUCCAAGGGAUGACCAGCUCUGCAUAUCGUGAUCCAAGGGGAGACUUUGUAAACUAAAGGAAAUUCUUUUGGUAUAGCUUAUCAUAGUUUUGUAAAUAUAUCUAAAUGUCAACAUUAAGUUAGCAAAGUAAAGAAAAGAGUACAUUCUUGUACCUUUUUCUUUUUUUUUUCUUUCUUUUUUUUUCUUUUUGUUUUGGAUGAAAAUUAUUCCUAUUUGAUGUCAUUAUUAUGGCAGGAAUGCCUUUGCAAAGGGUUUAUUGUAAAUUAAAGGAAAUUGUUACAUAAUUGACAUCAGAUGUUUAAUUAAAUCACUAAAUAAUGUUUCUUAUUUUAACACCACCUUUUUUCAUAUAGUUAGUCCAAGGCCAUAUAUGCAAAGUAAUAUCUUAAGCAUGUGAUGUUUGAAUCUACAGAUGUAUUGCAAAGAAAAAAGAAUGUAUGUAUAUUUAUUAAGUUACAACGCAUUGUCACCCAGUUCACAAAAUCCCCGUAAGAACCUACUGGAAAGCGUAACCAUAAUUUUUUUUCUUUUUUUGAGUACGUAAUGGCAAAUACUGUCAACAUAUUGUACAUAUAUUUUAGAAUGCAAAUUUAGAUGCAGAAUUGAAAGCUACAUCAGGUGUUGCAUCUUCAUAAACUUGCUUAUGCUAUCAUUAUGUAUAUGAUUUUUGAGUUACUCUGUAUUUUACCUUACCCCAACUGUAACCAUAUUUAUAUUUUUAAACAAGUGAAACCCAGAGCAGAA